ACCCAAAUUUUAUGGCACAGGUCAUGAUGCAUGGAGGAGGCGGAGGCGAAGGAGGAAGAGGUGAAUCAGCAGCAGCAGCAGCAGCAGAAGCUGCAAGUCAUGGUGCGAACGGAAAUGGGCCUUCAGCAGCACCACCAGCGUCACCUCAACAGCAUCAUGAAAAGGAGCAAGGCCAUCCAAGACAUGUGUCAGAAGGAAGAGACGACCUCCAUCAUCCAUAUACAUCGCGUGACAUGAUGAUGCCCAUGAUGAGGCAACGCCCGCCAACAGAACCUAUGUUUAGAAAAGGGCUCUCUAUGUUGGGAGGUCUGUUUGGCAGUAACAGCCAUAGUCAAGGUUAUGGCAUACCGCCGGCGGAUCACUUUUCGGCACCUCUUCAAGCUGACCCUCAUUUCUUGAGGCAGCAAAAGAAGGAUGCUAAAUUAGCUAUGGAAUAUGCAAAAUUAGGUACGUUUUAUUGUUGGCGAAAACUCAUGGAUGGACAGGAGGCACACUAUGAAUCCUUUAGUAUACCUAAUCAAAAGCAUAUCAAAAAGAAGCUGAAUAAGAACCCUCCUCAAACCCUCAUUAUGCUCGCCCAUCGCGAAAAAAAGUUACAAGGCGAGAUCAUGUUAGACAUUACGCAAAAUAGAGGUUGCUCUCUGCAGAAGAUAGGUGGCAAGACUAUCUUGAUUCAAUUAGAAAUUAAAGAAGAAAACUAUACGCCAAAUAAUGACUUUGUAUUUGCUAAUCAUCCUUCAUCAACGAAUUAAAAUAAAAAUAGCAAGAAUUUUUUUGGUUUGUUUUUGCCCGCUCAUUUGAGUAUCCGC